AUGUCUGGACCAUCUGAACCACCUAAGUACACCAAAACGCCUCUUCACGUCAUCAAAGAUAGACUUGAGAGAUUGAAGAAGAACUCAGACAUAUUUGACGUUCCAGUGACCACACCUCUUCAAUUCCGUGAGCUUCAAUUAGAUAGUGAAGGGAAUAGAGUAGAGGGAGGAUCAGAAGUUUCUGACACUUCAGUUAACCCAUCACCACACCAAACGCCACCUCCAUCACCUCGUGCACUCUUAGUCGUCCCACCACCACCACCACCAAUGGCUCUCACCAUCAGGCAACUCUCUACAUCUGUCAUUCCACCUGGUGGAGUGCCAACCUGCAUAACCUACCCUGCUGCAGCUGAGGGAUUAACAGCUGAUUUUGAGUUGAAGGAUCACAUGGUCAAGUCAUGGUGUGUGGAGUUUGUUCUAUGCAAGGGCAUGUGUCUGAUCAAUGCCCUCAACUCAUGGAAAGUGGAGGACAGGAAGAAAUUCAUGGAAAUAAUGGAGGAGGAUACCAUGGUCUCAACCAUUGCAAGUGGUGUUGGUUUCAUGGAAGAUGGUGCCACCAUACCUAAGGAAGACCUCACGGAUUCUUAUGAAUCCAUCCACCUAGAAAACGUUGCUUCUCUUGAGGCAACGUCCUUUGUAGGUAAGUCAAAUCCUUCUUUUUCACUUCCCAUCUCUACUAAUAAACCUCUACCUUCAGUGAUUCAGGCACCUACCCUAGAACUUAAGCCAUUGCCAGAUCAUUUGAAGUAUGUUUACUUGGGAGAUAAAGAGACGUUACCUGUGAUCAUAUCCUCAUCAUUGACGUCUACUCAAGAGGAUAGACUUGUGGAGAUGCUUAAGAAACACAAGACUGCGAUUGGUUGGACCUUAGCGGAUAUCAGGGGAAUUAGCCCUACUACUUGUGUGCAUCGGAUUUUGCUUGAGGAGGGAGCCAAGCCAACAAGGGAGGCUCAAAGACGUUUGAAUCCACCCAUGAUGGAGGUUGUGAAGAAGGAGGAAGUGGCGUUUGAGUUCAAGGAGGAUUGCAAGGAUGCAUUCAAUGCUUUAAAGGAGCUUCUGACGUCUGCUCCUAUCAUGCUUCCUCCAGAUUGGUCUCUUCCCUUUGAGAUCAUGUGUGAUGCCUCAGAUUAUGCCAUUGGGGCCGUGCUAGGCCAAAGGAAGGACAAGAAGCCUUAUGCCAUCUACUAUGCGUCAAGAACCCUCAAUGAUGCUCAACUCAAUUAUUCUACAACUGAAAAAGAACUCUUAGCUGUUGUUUUUGCCUUAGAAAAAUUUCGAUCUUAUUUAUUGGAGUUUGAUGUUGAGAUCAAGGAUAAGAAGGGCUCUGACAACGUUGUGGCAGACCACUUGAGUAGGCUAUAUGUUUCUAAGUGGGUGGAAGCGAAAGCCACCAGGACUAAUGAUUCUAAGGUUGUUGCAGAGUUUAUAAAGUCUAACAUUUUUAGUAGGUUUGGCAUGCCUAGAGCAAUCAUUAGUGACGGAGGUUCUCACUUUUGCAACAAGACCAUUGAGGCUUUGCUCAGGAAGUACAACGUCACUCAUAAGGUUUCCACGCCUUAUCAUCCUCAAACGAGUGGACAAAAGGAGGCGAAACCAAGGCUCAUUAGAUGGAUCCUACUCUUGCAAGAGUUUGACGUUGAAAUCAAGGACAAGAAGGGUAGUGAGAACGUGGUAGCUGACCACUUGAGUCGUUUGGUGCACGCAGAAGACCCUCUCCCUUUGGUGGAGACGUUUCCAGAUGAACAACUCUUUGGAAUCCAGGUAAGUGAACCAUGGUAUGCGGAUAUUGUGAAUUACAUUGUUUCUAGGAAGAUUCCUGAUACCAUGUCACGUGCUCAUAGGGAUAGGCUUAAGAAAACUGUUAAGCAAUAUGUUUGGGAUGAACCUUAUCUGUGGAAAUAUUGCUCUGAUCAAUUGAUUAGGAGAUGUGUGCCUGAACAUGAAACUUGUGAUAGAUGCCAAAGAACAGGAAAUCUAAGCUCUAGAGAUCAAAUGCCUUUAUCCAAUAUCAUAACUGUUGAAAUAUUUGAUGUCUGGGGUAUAGAUUUCAUGGGACCUUUUCCUUCAUCUUUUGGAUUUCUCUAUAUCUUGCUUGCUGUGGAUUAUGUGUCGAAAUGGGUGGAGGCAAAAGCCACUCGAACUAAUGACUCUAAGGUUGUUGCAGAUUUUAUCAAGUCUAACAUCUUUAGCAGGUUUGGCAUGCCUAGAGUUCUCAUUAGUGAUGGUGGUUCCCACUUUUGCAAUCGAACGAUUGAGGCUCUCUUGAAGAAAUAUGAUGUGACACAUAAGGUUUCUACACCUUAUCAUCCACAAACAAGUGGACAAGCUGAAGUCUCAAAUCGUCAAAUCAAGGGAAUAUUGGAGAAGACUGUGAACCCUAACAGAAAGGAUUGGUCCUUGCGUUUGGAGGAUGCUUUGUGGGCCUACAGAACUGCAUACAAAACUCCCAUAGGUAUGUCCCCAUAUCGAAUUGUCUAUGGCAAACCGUGCCAUUUACCUGUGGAGUUAGAGCACAAAGCUUGGUGGGCUGUGAAGCAGUUUAACAUGGAUCUAGAUGAGGCUGGGCUUCAUAGGAAGCUACAAUUGCAAGAGUUAGAGGAGAUUAGGAAUGAUGCUUUCGAAAGUGCCAAGAUCUACAAGGAAAAGACUAAGGCCUUCCAUGAUAAGAUGAUUCGUAGGAAGAUUUUUCGCCUAGCUGGACAUGACUAUUACUGCUUCCUGGAUGGAUACUCUGGUUACAACCAGAUUGCAAUUGCAAAUGAAGAUCAAGAGAAGACAACCUUCACUUGCCCCUUUGGAACAUUUGCCUAUAGACGUAUGCCUUUCGGACUUUGCAACGCUCCAGGUACCUUUCAGAGGUGUAUGGUAAGUAUCUUUUCAGAUUAUAUUGAGAAAAUCAUAGAGGUAUUCAUGGAUGACUUUUCAGUUUUUGGAAAGAAUUUUGAUGAUUGUCUUAAUAAUCUGGAGAUAAUUCUGAAACGUUGCAUGGAAACUAACCUUGUCUUAAACUGGGAAAAAUGCCAUUUUAUGGUUAAACAAGGAAUAGUUCUAGGACAUAUUGUCUCUGCUAGGGGUAUAGAGGUUGAUAAAGCCAAGGUUGAUAUUGUGCGUCACUUACCCUCUCCCACUUCUGUGAGAGAGAUUCGUUCUUUCCUUGGUCAUGCAGGUUUUUACAGGAGGUUCAUCAAGGACUUCUCUCAGAUUUCGAGACCCUUAUGUCAACUACUCCAGAAGGAUGUGCCCUUCCACUUUGACAAGGAGUGUCAAGAAGCUUUUGACAAGCUUAAGGAGUUGUUGACAUCUGCCCCCAUCAUGUUACCUCCAGAUUGGUCCCUGCCCUUUGAGUUGAUGUGCGAUGCCUCUGACUACGCAGUUGGAGCCGUUUUGGGACAAAGGAAGGAAAAGCUGCCCUAUGCCAUCUACUACGCGGACGGAUAUAGUGAGUACAACCAGAUCUGCAUAGCCCACGAGGAUCAGGAGAAGACGACCUUCACAUGCCCCUUUGGGACCUUUGCUUAUAGGCGCAUGCCCUUCGGCUUAUGCAACGCACCAGGUACUUUCCAAAGAUGUAUGCUUUCCAUUUUCUCAGAAUACAUUGAAAAUAUUAUUGAAGUCUUUAUGGACGACUUUAGUGUCUUUGGUAAAGAUUUUGAUACUUGUUUAGAGAAUCUAGGAUUGAUACUUGAGAGGUGUGUAGAAACUAACCUUGUGCUGAAUUGGGAGAAGUGUCACUUCAUGGUGACACAAGGAAUAGUGUUAGGACACAUAAUAUCUAAUAGGGGCAUUGAGGUAGAUAAGGCUAAGGUUGAUCUUGUACGUCACUUACCCUCCCCCACAACUGUGAGGGAGGUACGCUCUUUUCUUGGCCAUGCAGGAUUUUAUAGGCGGUUCAUCAAAGACUUCUCCAAGGUGGCGAGACCUAUGUGUGCCCUAUUGCAAAAGGACGUGCCCUUUGUGUUCAAUGAGGAUUGCAAGAAGGCGUUUGAAAAGCUCAAGGAGUUGUUGACCACGGCCCUCAUAUGCCCUCCGGAUUGGAGUCUACCCUUCGAGCUUAUGUGUGAUGCAUCAGACUAUGCUGUUGGAGCUGUGUUGGGCCAGAGGAAGGAAAAGCCCUAUGCUAUUUACUAUGCUUCUCGGACCCUCAACGACGCCCAGCUCAACUACUCCACCACUGAAAAAGAACUCUUGGCUGUAGUCUUUGCUUUAGAUAAGUUUCGUUCUUAUUUAUUGCACUCUAAAGUAAUUGUUUACUCUGACCAUGCAGCCUUGAGAUAUCGGAUGAUCAAGAAGGAGGCCAAGCCC